AUGAACCUGGAAGGUGUGGGCGAUAAGGUGAGAUGUCACGCCUUCCCUGUUACCUUGGCGGGACUGGCAAUCCGCUGGUUCAAUGCCCUCCCUCAAGGCUCCGUGACGACUUUUGCGGACAUAACUCACGCUUUUCUAGCUCAGUUCACCACGUCUAUUGCCAAAGCCAAACACCCGAUCAACUUGCUAGGGGUGACACAAAGAAGCGGGGAAUCAACUAGGAAGUAUCUAGACAGGUUUAAUAACGAAUGCAUAGAGAUUGACGGCCUGACCGACUCGGUGGCCAGCUUGGGCCUGACGAAUGAGCUGUUGAAUGAAGACUUCAGGAAACACCUCACCACCAAACUGGUGUGGACAAUGCAAGAAAUCCAGAAAGUGGUGAGAGAGUACAUCAACGACGAGGAGGUCAGCCAAGUGGUGACAGCCAACAAGCGGCAACUCGCCUAUCAUACUACUCGUCAACCCGGGAGCGGGGAAAGGCCUAAGGAGCACUCUAAGGAUGGAGGACCAAUUAAACUCUUCAAGCCGUUCCCCUGGUUAGGAAAGUUUACUAACUACACCCCUCUAACGGCCCCGAUCGUUGAGAUGUACCAACAGAUAGCCGACAAAGGCAUCUUGUCGAAGCCUCGCCAGCUCAAGGACAGAACCAAAGGAAACAAGAACCUCUACUAUGACUACCACAAGGGUUUCGGCCAUAAUACCCAAGAUUGCUUCGACUUGAAGGACACUCUGGAACAGGCGAUCCAUGAAGGCAAGCUAGCGGAGCUCUCGCAGUUCAUAAGAGAACCCAGAAGGCAAGAGCGCGACCGAUCUGACGACGACAGAAUCCAUGCCGUGAAACCAAGACAAGAGCCCGAAGAGGACAACGACCUUGGCCUCACCGUCGUGAAUGUCGUAGUCGGAACAGACGCCACACGAGAUACAAGUUGA